AUGGAUGACUUAGUUGGAAGACAGAUUUUUCUGGAAGACGGGGAAUUUCUGGAAGAUAUGGAUUUUCUGGAAGACGUGGAUUUUCUGGAAGACAUGGAUUUUCUGGAAGCUGUGGAUUAGCUGGAAGACGUGGAUUAUCUGGAAGACAUGGAUUUUCUGGAAGCUAUGGAUUUGAUGGAAGACAAGGAUUUUCUGGAAGACAUGGAUCAUCUGGAAGACUUGGAGGUCUCGGAAGACGUAGACUGGCUGGAAGACCUGUCUUUCAUGGAAGACGUGGAUUUUCAGGAAGACCCGAAUUGUCCGGAAGAUCUGGAUUGUUUGGAAGACACUGAUUUUCUGGAAGAUAUAACUCUUCAGGAAGACAUACAUUGGCUGGAAGACCUGAGGUUAUCGGAAGACAGGGAUUUUCUGGAAGACGAAGACAUAGAUUUGCUGGAAGACCUGGAUUUUCUUCUGGAAGACUUGGAUUGGCUGGAAGACAUGGAUUUUUCUGAAGACGUGGACUGACUGGAAGACUUGGAUUUCUUGCUGGAAGACGGUGAUCAACUGGAAGACCUGGGAUUUUUCUGGAAGACCUGGAUUGCUCGGAAGACUAGGAUUUCAUGGAAGACACAGAUUUUCCCGGAAGAUGGAGAUUGGCUGGAAGACCUUGAACUUGAGCUGGAUUUUGUGGAAGACUUAUCAUUGCAGGAAGACGUGGAUUAUCUGGAAGAUGUAGAUUUUCUGGAAGACAUGGAUUUCUGGAAGACCUUGAGGUUAUUGGAAGACUUGCGGUUGCUGGAAGACCUGGAGAUGUUGGAAGACUUUGACACUGGCGCCAUUGGAAACCCUGGACAUUGGAAACAUUGGAAGCACAGGAUAAUGAUCAUGAUGGCUAAUAAUGAUGAUAAUGAUAAUGACAUGAAUAUGAAAGGGAGACUGUCUGAGUUCUGUCAGAAUAACUGUCCAACCACGUCCAAAGUGGACAUCAAAUGGGAAAAUGUGCAUAAGUGGCCAAAUGAACAAGAAGCAAUGUUGAUAAAGGAGAGACGGGACAACAAAGCCCAUGGUUUACUGGCCCUGCCUGACUCUGGAAACCCACCACAUAUUCCCACACUACGUGUUCCUGCUGCCCUGUUGAUGAGGAAAGUGAUGGUCCCAAGCCCACUGCAGGGUGCAUUUGGAAGGUGUGCCACAUCGAUUUCGGGGUACUGCAUAAACUCUCCCCUUCGGCCUUCUCCAAUUGCAUAUGGUCCCUACCUGGCGUUGGACAGACAGCAAAAGCAGCCCCUUGAGGCACCAGGAGAAGUAGAACCUCCACGCCUGCAGGGAAGGGAGGCCCGGCCUGGGGCACAGACAGGCGAGGAGGCCGGCUUGGAAAGCCAAAAUGCUCAGUCCUCAUCUUCUGUGGCACCCCAAGAGAAACCACCCUGGCUUAACAGCCAAAUACCUGAACGUUGUCCACUUCCCAACUGUGCCAGCUCCGGUGUCGGCCGCUACACACAGCACGGCGGGUCACAUUUUUUGUCACGCCCUUCAGUGCUGCCUGGGAAAAGAGCUGUCCCAGCGGCGGGCUGCGCCCGCCCGCCACAGCCUUCCCCCCCUACCCCUCCAGCCCACAGCCCGCCCACCGCCCCUCCCGCUGCAUGCACGGCGGACUCUUCCCCAGCCUGGGUGGCAGGACCCUGUGCGGUCACUUCCGACCUCAGCCCGGGGGGCCGCUCAUUUCCACAGACACUCCACCGGCGCCCCGCUCCCUUCCUCCCUGAAAGAGGCCCCCGGGAGGCGGAUUUAACUAUCUUAGGACCAGAGAUGGGAUUGUUUUUCAGUAGUGGCAGCGAUCGCUGA